AUGCUUCCUGAACCGACGUUGAGCUUCACGCUCCCCAGCCUCCACGAUGACACCGUUCUGGACUGUCGUGUGUAUCACUGCCACGCAUUGAGCCCUACUGCCUCAAACCCUUCACCAUGGAAGCGACACGCCGCUGUCAUCGCCCACCCAUAUGCGCCCUUGGGCGGAUCUUAUGAUGAUCCCAUUGUUGACAUCGUUGCCGCCACCCUGUUACGACAAGGCUUUCUUGUAGGCACCUUCAAUUUCAGAGGCGCCUCCGGCUCGGCUGGCCGGACCUCCUGGACAGCAAAGCCAGAACGCAGCGACUACAUGUCGUUUGUCGGCUUCAUGGUAUACUAUAUGCACUUCCUCGAUCCAUUCGGCCCCUCUGCCGCACGGUCUCCAACAACAACCCGCACACCUUCACCUCCCGAUGCACAACCCAAACCCUCUUCAUCGGAGCAUCCACUGCUCCUUCUCGGCGGCUAUUCGUACGGUGCCAUGAUAACGACGCAGAUCCCACCGUUGGCACAAAUCCUCGCGCAGUUCAAAUUGCCUUCUGCUGGUUCCGCAGCCGCCGAUAUUCGCCUACGUGCACAGCAUCUGGCCGAACAACAGAACUUGAUUUUGGCGAGCGCCCGCGCGGCGAGCUCAAUGUCGCCCCGGAAGAAGUACUUUGGCAUGCGGGUAGGAGGCGACGAGGAUACACAACGCAAGAGCUACGAGGCGCGGCGGUCAGUCUCGGAAACACGAAGGUCGUUCUCCUUGGAUGCCGAGGACAAGAUCCGGCGGGGCGUCAACGAGUUGCUUGCAAAAACAAAGCGGCAUCACCACAGAGGCGUAGCUGUGACUCAGGAAAAGUUGGAGACCAUACCGUCGAACCAGGAGAUUUCGGUCGUGGUGGAAGAAGUGGCCAAUUUGACGCAAGUACGGCCGGCAUAUCUCCUUAUAUCUCCAUUGCAAGGGGUAAUCACGCAUUUGGCGACAAUGUCGUUCCUCCCAGCUGCGCCUGGGCGAGGACUGUUCUCGCGACCGAGUAAGCCUCGAGAUCAAGGAGCGCCAGCCUUUACAACUGAUCACAGACAAGUGAGCGAGAGCAAACUAGUCGAGAACGAGAGUCUGGCAAUAUUCGGUGACCGAGAUGUUUUCGUUCCUGUUGCCAAACUGCGGACGUGGGUGGGACGGCUCGAGAGCAUUGAGGGAUCGCACUUUCACAGCGAGGAGGUCUCCUCUGCAGGACACUUUUGGACAGAAGGCAAAGUAGCUCAAAUUCUUCGGGACAAAGUUUGUGACUUUGCGGCGAGGCUGUUGCAAGAGGACGGCGAAGAUGUGGUCAACGGCGAACCAUGA